UCCAGGCACUGCAAUCUGUUGCGCCGCCGCCCGCGGGAGCCGGCAGAUCCGGGUCUUGUGGCUAAGAGUGACGUGGUCACUCGAAUCAAAACAGAGGAGGGGGAGGAAGCCGGCGGCCAGAAACGGCAGUGGCAGCAGCGUCCGGAGCAGCCGCAGCCUUCUGGAAGCUCCAGGCGGUCUUUCUGCCGAGCCUCGGUCCCGGCCCCCAUCCUCCCCGCCCCAUCGGUUGUUGUCUGGGCGGAUUUAAACAGUCAAGUAAAAUCAAGCUGGGUAAUCAUGGCAGAAGGUGGAUUUGAUCCCUGUGAAUGUGUUUGCUCUCAUGAACAUGCAAUGAGAAGACUGAUCAAUCUGUUACGGCAGUCCCAGUCCUACUGCACAGACACAGAAUGUCUUCAGGAAUUACCGGGACCCUCUGGUGAUAAUGGCAUCAGUGUUACAAUGAUCUUAGUGGCCUGGAUGGUUAUUGCAUUGAUCUUGUUCUUACUGAGACCUCCUAAUCUAAGAGGAUCCAACCUACCUGGAAAGCCAACCAGUCCUCAUAAUGGACAAGAUCCACCAGCUCCUCCUGUGGACUAACUUUGUGAUAUGGGAAGUGAAAAUAGUUAACACCUUGCACGACCAAACGAACGAAGAUGACCAGAGUACUCUUAACCCCAUUAGAACUGUUUUUCCUUUUGUAUCCGCAAUAUGGGAUGGUAUUGUUUUCAUGAGCUUCUAGAAAUUUCACUUGCAAGUUUAUUUUUGCUUCCUGUGUUACUGCCAUUCCUAUUUACAGUAUAUUUGAGUGAAUGAUUAUAUUUUUAAAAAGUUACAUGGGGCUUUUUUGGUUGUCCUAAACUUACAAACAUUCCACUCAUUCUGUUUGUAACUGUGAUUAUAAUUUUUGUGAUAAUUUCUGGCCUGAUUGAAGGAAAUUUGAGAGGUCUGCAUUUAUAUAUUUUAAAUAGAUUUGAUAGGUUUUUAAAUUGCUUUUUUUCAUAAGGUAUUUAUAAAGUUAUUUGGGGUUGUCUGGGAUUGUGUGAAAGAAAAUUAGAACCACGCUGUAUUUACAUUUACCUUGGUAGUUUAUUUGUGGAUGGCAGUUUUCUGUAGUUUUGGGGACUGUGGUAGCUCUUGGAUUGUUUUGCAAAUUACAGCUGAAAUCUGUGUCAUGGAUUAAUUUGGCUUAUGUGGCUAGAAUAGGAAGAGAGAAAAAAAUGAAAUGGUUGUUUACUAAUUUUAUACUCCCAUUAAAAAUCUCUAAUGUUAAGAAAACCUUAAAUAAACAUGAUUGAUCAAUAUGGCAGAUGAUUUACAGUCCAUUAUAUGACAUUUGUAAGCCACUCAACACUAGCCUUACAAGGUUCAUGAAAGGAGGAAAACAUUAAUUCUUUCUACCUUUGCUGGUACAAUCCACAUAGUAAUUUAAGCUAUAAUUUAUUUUUAAAAUGAGUGCCUCUUGGGAAGCUUCUUUUCUGUUCUAACACUUCCCUGUUAAAAUGAAAAUCUUAGGCCGGUGCGGUGGCUCACACCUGUAAUCCCAGCACUUUGGGAGGCCGAGGUGGGCAGAUCACUUGAGGUCAGGAGUUCGAGACCAGCCUGGCCAACAUGGUGAAACCCUGUCUCUACUAAAAAUACAGAAAAAUUAGCCAGGGUUGGUGCAUGUGCCUGUAAUCCCAGCUACUCAGGAGGCCAAAGCAGGAGAAUUGCUUGAACCCGGGAGGUGGAGGUUGCAGUGAACCAAGAUCGCACCACUGCACUCCAGCCUAAGCGACAGAGCGAGACUCCCUCUCAAAAAAACAAAAAAGAAAAGAAAAUCUUAAAGCUGUAUUAGGGCCUGUUAGGUUACUGACAUUUGAAUGCCUAUUUACUUAUUUUCUACAUUGAGUCUUUUGUUAUCCUCUGACCUAUAAAAAAUUUUAAUAAAUUACUGGUUUACUUCAAGGGAAAAGAAGGAAAAUGAGAAACAAACAUCUUUUUUUCACUCCUUAUCUCAUUCCUGUUUGGUGAUGGGAUGGAUUGGGAUAGGAAGGAAUGUUAAUAUGAGAGAAAUUUUCAAAUGUAUAAAAAAGUAAAAGGUUGUAUUGUUUUGCUCAGUUUGAAAUAAAGUGAAUACCAGUAGCACUUAAAAAUGUCUGCAUGGGCUGGGCACGGUGGCUCACGCCUGUAAUCCCAGCACUUUGGGAGGCCAAGGCAGGCAAAUCACCUGAGAGGUCAGGAGUUCGAGACCAGCCUGAUCAACAUGGUGAAACCUCGUCUCUACUAAAAAUGCAAAAAUUAGCCAGGCAUGGUGGUGUGUGCCUAUAAUCCCAGCUACUAGGGAGGCUGAGGCAGGAAAUCGCUUGAACCUGGGAGACGGAGGUUGCAGUAAGCUGAGAUCAUGCCACUGCACUCCAGUCAGGGCAACAGAGUGAGACUCUGUCUCAAAAUAAAUAAAUAAAUAAAUAAAAAUGUCUGCAUGACCCAUGUGGUUAUGAAGUUUUUUUCCUAGCAAAUGAUUGCAGAUUAUUUAUGGGGGCUAGAAGAUAUUUUGCUAUCAAUGUAAGGAUUUUUUUUCCCCUUAGGUCAGUCUAUUCAUUGUUUAGAUCUGGUAAAUUACUUGUAUGAAUUGAAUAAAUUCUCUGUAUCAUUGUACUGUU